UGAGGGGUGAGAGCGGAGUCCAGCGCGUGUGCUAGCUAGUAGCCUGUAUGCUAGCUAGUAGCCUGUAUGCUAGCUAGCAUGUAAAGAGUUCAGCAAAAGUUGUUUAUACCUGUUGAAAGUUACUGUGGAAGUUAUUCGGAAGAACUUUACCUUAUCCUGGGAUACUGUCGGUCACCAGAUGAUUGAGGCGGACUUCUAUUAGGUGUGUUAUUUUUAUGAAGGUGGAUUUCCAGUGUGCAGGAGGUACAUCAAGGACCACUGCUGCCAUGUGUUCAGGAGUCCAGCCAACAGCUGCUGGACUUGGACUUGGACUUGGACUUGGACUUGGUGGAUUCUUCACUUGGAUCACAGAUGAAGGGAGGGCGGCGAGAGGUGUACAGUAUAUAAAGGGGGAGCAGUCUCGGUCCCAGUACCUUGCUUCUUCCCUCUGCUUUGCCUCAGUGUCUGUGCUCGCACGCCUCCGCUCACCAACACCACACAAAAUGGCCUUCACCGGAAGAUGGGAAACUGAGACCCAGGAGGGAUACGACGCCUUCUGCAAGCUGCUCGGUAUCCCCGAUGACAUCAUCGAGAAGGGUCGCGACUACAAGCUGAUCACAGAGGUCACCCAGAGCGGCGAUGACUUCUCCUGGACCCAGAUCUACCCCACAGACGCCAAGGUCACCAACAAGUUCACCAUCGGCAAGGAGUGCGAUAUGGAGACCAUCGGAGGAAAGAAAUUCAAGGCCACAGUGUCCAUGGAGGGAGGCAAGCUGAGCGUGACCUUCCCCAACUACCACCACACCUCUGAGAUCAGCGGAGGCAAGCUUGUCGAGACCUCCAAGGCCGGGUCUGUGGUGCUGAAGAGAACCAGCAGGAAGCUCUAACUGCUGACUGACCUUUGACCUGUUUCACAGUUACAAUAGAGACCUCAGCUACUGCAAUUAAAUAAACUAAGACUAUGACACUAACAUGAA